AUGAGAAAGAAAAUCCCUGAAUGGGUCAAAGGUCGAGAUUCCGUUGCAGAAUUUAUGAACGCUGAUCCAGAAGACUUGGUACUUGUUCCUAAUGUUACUACAGCGAUCAGCACCGUUUUGAUGUCAAUUCCUAUGAAGAGCGGGGAUACCAUCUUGAUCACCGACCACACUUACGUUUCCACAAACAACGCAUGCGCACAUAUCUUAGAGCACCACAAAGGCGUGAAGAUUACAGUUGUCGAAAUCACGGUGCCCAUUAAGGAUACAACACAAGUGGUCAGCUUAUUUAGACAAGCACUGGACAAUGACCCGAACGUGCGAGCUGUUGUUAUUGAUUUGGUUCCUUGCACGUGCACCAUGAAGCUUCCGGUGACGGAAAUUGUGCAGCUGUGUCAGAGGUACAACGCUAUAACCGUCAUUGACGGUGCGCAUGCUCCAGGACAAUUUCCGGUUUGUCUCAACGAAAACGAAACUGACUUUUACAUUGGAAAUUUCCAUAAAUGGAUGUUUGCACCAUGGGGGUGUGCCUUUGUGUGGAAGAAUAAAAAGGUUUCGUUUCGGUUGAGAUCGCUUAUGAGUUCAUCACCAACAGACGAUCUUGUGACGCAGUUUUGCUUGCAAGGCACAAAGGAUGACAGUUGUUACAACUCUUUACCUGCAGCCAUUGAAUACAUUCAGAGCAAAGGCGGGCUUGGUCGAAUAUCAGAAUACAACACCAGACUUAUAGAAAUGGCGUCAAACUAUCUGAUUUCGUUGUGGGGUACGAGUAGGCUAGCUAUCCCAUCCUCCAUGGAACCACCAUUCCUCAGGAUGGUAUGUCUGCCAAAGAUCUCAGGCUUUGGCACUUCGGAGGAAGAUGCUUUCUCCCUCAUGGAUAUUCUUUGGUACGACUACCACAUAGAUGUCAGUCUGAAGUCUGUACAGGGCCUGCUGUACGUCCGCCUGUCGGUCCAAAUCUAUAACUGUCUCGAGGAUUACAAGAAAUUUGGAGAAGCCAUUCUGGAAUUGGCAGGGAAAUAG